GUGCAGACAGGAUUAGUUGAUUGAAGAGCAAUCUCAGUGCUGGAUCGUUCCUGCUGAAGACAGCCACUGUUCCCCACCAUACCUUCACGUGAUCAUCUGUUGCUGUCUCCUCCAAUCAAGUUUCUCCAGUGGUGUCUUCUGCCAUUACCAUCCCCAUCUGAAUCCAGGGGAGUAAUCAAAUUAAUUAAACUGUAAUACUUGCGCAUGUAAAUAGUGGGUUCAAAACACCAUGUCUCCCUAUUUGCAUCCGCAAAUAUGAAUUAGUCAGAGCUGAUGCUGCGUUUGUGGAGGCAGUGCCCGGGGCCGAGACUCACUUCUAAUUGCUGUUCGUUUUUGGAAGUGUCCGGGGCUGAGACUCCUUUCUGCUAAUUGUUUUUUGUGGGUAACUAAUGGGACUCUAACACUCUGGGACCUGUAUGUGUCCAGCCUGCCCUCACUGCACCAGGCAGCUGUGUCCUGGACUUACCUGGAGUCCCUCCUUGCGCUUCUUUUUCUGUCAGUGACUAACAAUGACUUCUAAGAAAGGAGCAAAGAAAAAACGCCCCCCUGCAGCCGAGCCCGAUGAGGACUCUACCGAGCAGGUAGUAUUUGGGCUGAUGAGUGAACUGCUCAGCAGAGGAAUAGAAAAGGGGGCAUACCGGUGGUGCUUACGGAAGAAUGCAGAUCCAAAGAGAACGGUCAUUGUGGCGUUUGUGCCAGCAGACAUGCCCAAUGGGGUGAUAUGCGCUGUUAUGGCAAGAGCCUUGAAUCGGGGACUGGUGAGAAUUGUGGACUCUACAAAAUCCGAUACAAUGUAUUACCAGACGCUGCUCAUCGAGGCAGAAGGGCUAAUCGGGGCAAAUUCCUGCCCAACGCUCAUUAGCUGCGAGGACUGCCCAUUGAGGUACUGGAUCAUGGUGUCGCCUGUCGAAGAUGAUGACAUGGAGUUUACAGAUUCUUUGGGAGAGUUCUAUCCAAAUGAUUCUCCCACUACAAAAAGUUCUCCGACUGCUUCUAAGGACAUUCCUUCCUCUGCCAAGGGAACGCCUGCUACCAAGGACCCUCCCUCUGCUAUGAGCAUGCCUGCCGCCAAGGACCCUCCCUCUGCCAAGGGCACGCCGGCCGCCGAGGACCCUCCCUCUGCCAAGGGCACGCCGGCCACCGAGGACCCUCCCUCUGCCAAGGGCACGCCGGCCGCCAAGGACCCUCCCUCUGCCAAGGGCACGCCGGCCACCAAGGACCCUCCCUCUGCCAAGGGCACUCCGGCCGCCAAGGACCCUCCCUCUGCCAAGGGCACGCCGGCCGCCAAGGACCCUCCCUCUGCCAAGGACCCUCCCUCUGCCAAGGGCACGCCGGCCGCCAAGGACCCUCCCUCUGCCAAGGGCACGCCGGCCGCCAAGGACCCUCCCUCUGCCAAGGGCACGCCGGCCGCCAAGGACCCUCCCUCUGCCAAGGGCACGCCGGCCGCCAAGGACCCUCCCUCUGCCAAGGGCACGCCGGCCGCCAAGAACCCUCCCUCUGCCAAAGGCACGCCUGCCUCCAAGGACCCUCCCUCUGCCAAAGGUACGCCUGCCGCCAAGGACCCUCCCUCUGCCAAGAGCACGCCUGCCCCCAAGAACCCUCCCUCUGCCAAAGGCACUCCCGCUGCCAAGGACCCUCCCUCUUCCAAGGGCACCCCUGCUGCCAAGGGCAUGCCUGCUGCCAAGGACCCUCCCUCUGCCAGGGUCAUGCCUGCUGCCAAGGAUCCUGCAAGCAAGGACCCUCCCUCUGCCAAGAACACGUCUGCCACCAAGAACCCUCCCUCUGCCAAGGGCACACAUGCCACUAAGAACUUUACUUCCUCAAAGUGCACACCUGCAGCUAAAGACUCUCCCUAUGCAAGGAAGAAUGAUCCUCCUCCUAAGGUACCGCCAAUCGAUAAUGGCAAUCUCCUUGAAAUGGGGCUUGGGACUGCUAAAGGCGGUCUCCCUGAAAGAACGAUCGUGUCUGCAAAAGACUCUGUUCUACAAAAGAUGAACUCACUGGCAAAGGACUCUCCUCCUGCUAAACAACCUUCUCCUACGAAGGGUAUUCCAACUGCUAAGGAACCUUCUCCUACAAGGGGUCUUCCAGCCGCGAAAGAUCCUUCUUCUACAAAAGACCUACUUGUGAAAAUAAAAAAUCCAGAAUUGAAAACUCAUCAGAGGUCAAUGAUUGGAGAGGGUCUACAGACACAGUCUGAAAACAGAGAAAGCUUUGGAAGAGUUUUAAUAAAUCCAAAUCCAACUAGGAGGCCUGAGUUCCCCGUUAUGAACUUUCCUGAGAUGGUGAUAACAGCAGGAUCUGAUGUGUGGGGAGGAUUUUCUAUGGAGAGACAAAUACGGAGAGAAGAUAUUGAAAAGGGUUUGCAGUUUAUUCAAUCUACCAUACCAUUCCAUGGAACUGAAGAUGAUUACAAGUGUUUCCUCCAAAAGCUGGUUGAGGACUUGUUUACAGAGGGCAAUGACCUGUACCGGGAAGGUGAAGUAAAACUGGCUCUGGGGCAGUAUACCGAAGGACUGACUGUGGUUGAGUAUGCUGCAUCUGAUGAACUUGUCCUUUCCCAAGAGCUGCUGUGUAGACUCUUUGUGAACCGAUCCUGUUGCUAUUUUACCAUGGGUAUCUUUGAGAAGUCACUGGAAGACAGUGAGAAAGCUUUGAGUCUAGACCGGGAGAACAUGAGAGCUUUGUUCCGUAAAGCCAAAGCUUUGGACCAGCUUGGCAAGCACCAAGAAGCCUACGGUUGUAUCAGCCACAGGAUAUUGGCGCUAGUACAGGAUGAAAGUGUGACAGAACUGGCCCAGAAGCUUGUGAAAAAACUGGGUCUAAAGCAACGCAGAGCCUACAAAAGACCACAGGAGCUUGAGAAUUUUGGCCUGAUUACUAAUGGAGUCCCCGCAUCUGCAGGCUGUAAGACUUCCAAUGUCAUGGGAUCGGUAGAUGACAUUUAUACCGAUGUACCGAAUUCAAAAGCAUUCCCAUCUAGUCUGGGCAUCAACUAUCAAAAUGAUAACCUGGCAACUGCUGCAUGUCCGCCUUCAGUGACUACUGCAACCAACAAUGUGAAUGAGUUUAAUGACUGUGAUGUUAUUGGGGAUGAGCUGGACUCUUUCCUGGAACUGGAGAUGGCCUCCAAACAGGUUCCCCGGCUAAUACCAGUAUUUCCCACUGGAAACCCACCGCUUUCUAGCUUGGGUACAACAGGCCUACCUGCACCCUCCCCUCUACCUCCAGCUUCUUUUGGUUUGCUAGAUUCUCGAAAGCCUCCAGUAGUACCUUUAAAGCCUACAUUUAUCCCUUGUUUGGAUGCACUGGACAGCUUUGAGCCUAUGCAGGAGACGCUGGACAGUCUGGACACCUUUGUUAAGGAUAGCAAGUGUGCAGAGCCGAUAUUACUGAAGGGAAACCAGAAGCAAAAGCCUACAGCGAACAAUGUAAACCAUUCUUUUGUACAUAAGAUGGAUCCUGUACAGACCAGCCUUGCAGCAUUGCCACUCCUCUUGCCAAACCCCUUGGCACAAACCUAUGACUUCAAACAAGGCUGCCAACUCUGCUAUGCAAGGACAGGUCCCAAGGCUCUGGACUUCACCUACAGAGAGAAAUUAGAGCACAAAUGUAAAAAAGACAUUUUAUUAGCACGAAUGAAGAACUCUGAAAACAAAGCAUGGCUAAAGAUUCGGCCGCGGCCUAUGAAAGUCAAUUUUUCUGGUCCUUACAUGCUGUGCAAAGACAUCCAGAGUCGACAGGAUUGCAAAUACGGCGAUAACUGCACGUUUGCGUAUUAUCAGGAGGAGAUUGAUGUGUGGAAUGAGGAGCGAAAGGGAGCCCUGCAUCGAGAUCAGCUUUUCCAGCUGCCAGGAUUGAUAAAGUCAGGAAAUGUUUCCCGAUUAUUGCAUGAGCAAAAGGGUAUCUUCACCUUUUUAUGCCAGGCUUGUUUUGACAGCAAACCGCAGAUCAUCAGCAAAAUAAAUCCAGAGAACCUUGAUGUCUGCACAAACCCAAGUCAUCAGCACGGCUUCGCUGACCACAAGUGUCUUGUCCAUGUGCUAAACUCCAGCACAGUCAGAUAUUGCAAAAUUCGGCCAAAUCAUUCUCGCUUCCAGAUGGAUAUAUGCCGUCAUGAGGCCCGUUAUGGCUGUCAUCAGGAAGACGCUUGCAAUUUUGCACAUAGCCAUGUUGAGUUGUGUGUUUGGAUGCUGCAAAGACAAUCAGGUGUUACGCAGGAAGAAAUAGUAUUGGAGUCUGAGUGCAUGUGGAAAGUAGCUGAACCAAAAUCCAAGCAACCUACCCUCAAACCACUGGAUAUGAAAAUGAAAUUUGUCUGCGGGCAGUGCUUGCGCAAUGGUCGAGAGAUUGAGGCUGACCGUGAUGAAAAGUAUUGCACUGCCAAAGCAAGACAUAGCUGGACAAAAGAUAAGCGAGUGUUGUUGGUGAUGUCAAAGACCAAAAAAAAAUGGGUCCCCAUCAGGCCCCUUCCAUCGAUUCGCUCUUUUCCUCAGCAGUAUGAGAUCUGUGUCCAUGUGCAAAAUGGCAAGAAAUGUCAGUAUAUUGGGAAUUGCACCUUUGCGCACAAUACUGAGGAAAAAGACAUCUGGACAUUUAUGAAGGAGAACAAAGUUCUGGAUCUACAGCUGCUGUUUGAUUUAUGUAAUAAGAACGCCCUGGCAGAGAAACCUGGAAAGACAGCAACCGCAUCUGGAGUCCAAAAAGAAGCUGAGAAACAGAUUGUCAUGCCAACAGAUUAUGCAGAUCUUAUGGCUGGUUUCCACUGCUAUCUCUGUGGCAAGAACAGCAACAGCGAGAGGCAAUGGCAGAAACACAUCCAGUCUGAGAAGCAUAAGGAUCGUGUGUUCACCUUGGAAAGUGAAGAUAGUUCUUGGAAAUACCGCUUUCCAGCUGGGGAAUUCAAGCUCUGUGAAAGGUAUGAGGAGACACAGAGUUGCCCGCAUGAAAACAACUGCCCUUUUGCUCAUGGAACAGAAGAACUGGCAGAAUGGCAUGAACGCAGAAAAUUGCUACAGUACAAAGUUUCCAAAGCCCGUAAAGACAUGUUACUGGAGCCCAGCGACUCUGACUUUGGCAAAUACUCCUUCAUUAUGCAAGAUCUGGCAGAAGGAUCUGAGGAGAAAGGGACUGCAGAAUUACAGUAAAACCGAAAAGUAUUCAUAUCACCUGUAUAAGACAUGGGAUGUGGGAUUAAAUUGUAACGCUGGAUUACUACCAUCACACAAUGUAUCUGUAACUCUAGGCCAUCACUUCUUCCCAGUUCAUAUUUUGAGAAGUAAGUUUCCCCAAAGAAUUUAGUGCAAUCAAAGAGUCUGCAGGACUGAAACAUUCUAUUUUAUGUAUUAAUAAUUAUGAUAUUUCCAACAAUGUUUGGUGCGGCAUCGCCAGAUAUUCCAGAUUUUGUUUCUAUGAAUGAGAAAUUGUGUAACUUCUACUCAAUGUAUUAUAUUUAGUUAUCACUUGGUAGCGGAACAGCUCAGUAAUUUUAAAGAGGUUUUUGGGGCUUUUAACAAUGACCUAUCCGUAGGAUGGGUCAUUGAUAUCAGAUCGGCUCGGGUCCGAAACCCGGCACCCCUGCCAAUCCGCUGUAUGAGAAUACUGCCAUCUCGUGUCUCUUUUUCUGCUUGCUGACUUAGAAGCAGUGAGCAGGAAGAGAGACGGGAGACGACACUUGCCUUCUCUUCAUACUGCUGAUCGUGGGGGGUGCCAGGCGUUGGACCCCUGCUUAUCUGAUAUAUAUGACUUAUCCUGAGGAUAGGUCAUCAAUAUUAAAAGCCUGGAAAACCCCUUUAAUACUGUGUUAACUAUAUGGCUGUCAAAAUAAAAGACCGUAAUUCUAUUUAAAGGGCUUCUCCAAGAAUGUUUUAAAAUGGCAGCAUGCAACCUUUCGUAGUAUGUGAGUGGGACUGAUUGCCACCAAUUGCUGAUGUGCUCAGGGGGUGAGGGAGUGGAGCCUCAUUACACACUACACUGCUCUACAAUAGAUGGUAAUGAUGCGAUUCUGCUUAUGAUGGGCCAUAAUGGCUGAGCAGCCUAAGGCCUCAUUCACAUCUCCAUCAAGGAGAUCCAUCCUCCUGAUCCAGCACAAAUGCCGUCUGUCGGCCGGACAAACAAACUGUUGCAUGUCCGACCAGAACCUGGCAUUUAUGCCAGAAAGCAGCCAGAUCUCAUUACAGUAUAUUGAACUAGAGAAUCCUGCACAGCCAGAUCCGGCAAAACCCGUCAGGCUGUUCUCUGCUGGAUGGAGAUAUGAACAAGACCUAACAGGAAUGUUCACCAGUGUGUAGUAUAUACAAGUGGUAGUGAGGCCUCACCCCCCUAGGCAGCUCUGCAAAGAAGGCAACCAGCCCUGCUCACAUUCUAAGACAGGUUGCUUGAGGCCAUUUUUAAUUGAAAUAUUUAAGUGGACAAGAUACUAUAACAUAUAAUUUAGUUCACAAUUGCGCUACUAAAUUUCUCCAUUUUUAAAUCC